AUGAGGUUACUCCAGUGGAAUAUCGGGCCUUCGCGCACGCCCUCGUCCUACGCUUUCGAACGGGUCGUCAUUCCUUUGGAGGAUGCUCACCUGCACAGCUACUCGGCGCGCAUGGGGACCGGGAGCCCGGACCUGAGGGCGCCGAGGAACGGAGACGCGGACGCGGAUCCGGAUGUGGAUGAUGCGGAUGACUCGGGCAAGGAUGUCGAGCACGAGGAGACGGGCAUGCUGGAGAUGAGUGUGUCCGAGUACUCGGUGGAGGGCUUGCGAAGGGAGGUGAGGAAGGGGACGCGGGGAAUCCCGUCAGAGUACGAACUUCGUUCCAAGGUGGUGAACAAGGCAAUCCAGGAUAUCGGUAUGGGCCGGUAUAACUGGCAGCUCUUUGUUUUGUGUGGGUUUGGCUGGUUUGCAGACAACUUAUGGUUACAAGGCAUCUCCUUGACGCUACCGUCGCUUUCCGCCGAGUUUGGUGUGGACGAGAAGACGCGUAUUUGGCAUGCUCGCAUCGUAUGCGCCGAGCUGGGGAUGGGUCUGCUUCUUUAUGGGGCCCUCGGCUUCGGCGUGGGUGGCAACCUGCCGGUGGACGGGGCGCUGUUCCUGGAGUUUUUACCAGACGCGUCCAGCUCUCUGCUGACGCUCUUGUCGGUGUGGUGGCCGAUCGGUCAGCUGGUGGCCUCGCUGGUAGCGUGGUUCUACAUCGCCAACUGGCCGGCGGACGAGGGGUGGCGUUACUUCAUCUUCGCGACAGGGGUGCUCACGUUCAUCAUGUUCCUGGUCCGGUACUUUGUCUUUCACCUCUUCGAAUCGCCCAAGUUUCUGUUGAGCCAGGGCCGGUACGCCGAGGCCGUGGCGGUGGUCCAGGGCAUCGCGUUCAAAAAUGGCGCGAGGACGUGGCUGACGCUAGAGGUCCUGGAUGCCGUGGCGAGCGACGACGGCGGCCGUGCAGAGGCCGUUAGUGCGCCGCGGGUGUCGGCGGCCAACGUAGUUCUGGAGAAGCUGCGCUCCUUCUCCGGGGAGCGGCUGAGGCCCUUGUUUAGCAGCCGCAAGCUCGGCCUCGCGACGGGCCUGCUGUGGUUCUGCUGGGCGACCAUCGGCAUGGGUUACCCGCUCUUCAACGCGUUCUUGCCCCAAUACCUCUCCCAUGGCGGCAACGGCAGCGGCGGAGCUUCGGAGCCGGCGGGACCGACGGGCUCGGCGGCGUCCCUGUUUACGCGGGAGGCGCGGCGGCGCCAGCGGGGAGAUUUCGGACGAGACGUACCGCAACUACGCCAUCACGUCGAUGGCGGGAGUGCCGGGCUCGCUGCUGGCAACGUACCUGGUGGACCACCCGUCGCCGUUUUUCGGGCGGCGGGGCACGCUGGCGCUGUCGACGCUCGCAUCGGCGGUGUUCUUGGUGCUGUUCGCGACGCACGGGACGACGCCGUCGCGGCAGCUCUUUUUCUCGGCGCUGACGGCGUUUUCGCAAAACAUCAUGUACGGGGUGCUCUACGCGUUCACGCCCGAGGUGUUCCCGGCGCCGGUGCGGGGGCGGGCACGGGCCUUCGGCCCCUCCAACUCCCUCCCUUCACGACACUCCUUCCCCCUCGAGCCAACAUCACCCACGCCGCCCAAAAGACCCAGAAACCACCCUUCCUCCCCACCAAACACCCAAAUACCACCACAAUCAUGUCCGGCGCACUCUCCCUCAUGGGCUGGUGGUUCCUCCCACCGCUCGUCGCCAGCUGGACCCAAUCCAUCUGGUACGCCCUCACCAUCCGCGCCGGCGACCCCAAACCCGCCCCCAACCACCCCGCUGGGUCCGCGACCGCCGCCGCAUCCAAAUCCUCCUUCUACACCGCCCUCGGCCUCUCCCCGACGCCACCGAGCGCGACAUCAAGUCCCGUUUCCGCCGCCUCGCCGCCGUCCACCACCCGGAUAAAGCGCCCCCGGCUCCCCGCCGCCGACGGCUCCGAAUUCAUCCGCCUCAAGACCGCCGCCGACACCUUGCUCGGCGACGCCUCCCGCUUCGCCUACGACCGCUUCGGCGACCCCGUCCUCGCCUGGAAGGACUGCGCCUCCCGCUACGAGUACGCCUUUCGCGGCACCGUCCAGGGCGUCCUCCCCAUUACGUCGGCUACGCCCUCGUCCACUCCACAUCACCACCCGCCCUUCCUCUACCUUGCUCGGCCUCCUCAACCCCGUCCUCGCCUCCCCCUUUCUCCGCCACCCCCGCUCCUACCCUUUCAGCUCGUCUCCCUCGCCCGCCGCCUCUGCGUUACUUUCUACAUCGCCCUCUCCCAGAUCGGGCCCCUCCUCUUUCCCCCGACCCGCGCCGCCGCCCUCGCCGCCGACGCCGACAAGGCCAUCCACGCCCAGGUCGAGCGCCUCACCGCCCUCGCUGCCGACGUCGACGACGUCUCGGGCCGCUUGCUCGACGUCGAGCUCGCCCCCUUUAAGGGCGACCCGGACCUGCUCCGCUCCGUGAGGGCAAAGGUCGCCGACUGGCUCGUUCAGAAUACCAUUCGCGCCGAUCCCAUGGUCAAGGACGCCAUGGGCCACUCCUUUAGGAAGAGGCGCGCUGAUGCCCCUGCCGGCGCCAAGGGCAAUCGUUGA